GUUUCAAAUAUUUUUCUAUUCUAUUCGCACCAAUUUCGUUCGGAUAUUCCGAUUUAAAUUUUGGGUUCGUAUUUGAUUCGGUGAAAGUGAUUCGUUUUUGUUCUUCUCCCAAAGUUACGGUAUUUGGAAUAAAGCAAAAACACAGCUGUUCCUUGCUUCAUGACCGAGAUUAAGCCAAAAAUAAAUAAAUAUUUUCUUUUUCACAAAACAAUUAAUUUCGAAUCAAUGCACUAUAAAAGUUACCUACUUUUGACAGUAGUAGCUGAGAUAAAAACAUCAACAAAACUUCAAGCUCCUUUCAUACUCUUUUAAUCCUAAUCCAGUCUUUACUUUUGUUUUUCCGACUUUAUUUAUCAAUACCACGUGAUUGUUGAUCCGAUUUAUUUUGAGGAGACGUGACGUUAGCUGUAAUUCAUUCUUUACUUGCUUUGGGUAUUAAAAGGCGACACAAAGCGUGAAUAAAAGAAAAGGAAACCCUAUAGAGACACAUUUGGUGUGUGUGUGUGUGUUCAUUCGCCUCUACUGGAGAUAGAUCUUGAUCCAGUUACAAGAACUUAGGUUCUUUUUUCUUGUUCUUGAGUGAGUAAAUCUAGCGAGAUCAUGGGACUGAGUCUCGAUUUCGAUGUUGAUCUUGAGAAAGGAAUCUUAGAUUGCCAAAAUGUUUAUACAAAAUCGCCGGAGAAGCCAUUGACACACAUGUCUCCGGAUAGCAAACCGGUAAUAACCGGAGAAGAAACUCUCGGUUCGUUGGAAAACCACGAUGCUACUCCGGUUAAAUGUGCGAUCAGUAAACCGGAAUGGGGGAGGAGCGAACGGAAGAAAUCAGCGUCGAAACCUCCUAGGCCGCCGCGUGGACCGUCGCUGGACGCAGCGGAUCAGAAACUGAUGCGGGAGAUAGCUGAGCUGGCGAUGCUGAAACGCGCGAGGGUGGAACGUAUGAGAGCUUUGAAGAAAUUGAGAGAGGCCAAAGCUGCUUCGUCUUCUUCUCUCGGCAAUGUCUUAGCCACCCUUCUCACCGCUAUCUUCUUCUUCGUCCUCGUUUUCCAAGGAUUGUCGCCGAGAGCAGCUGCUAGCUCCGGGGAAUCUCCCUUGGUUGGAGAAGCCAAUGGUGGUUUUGUACCGGUUCGAUAUGCGGGAAACCCAUCUGCGAGCGAACCGAGUGUAGGUUAUGGCGGUCCGGUUAGAUUGCCCAAUUUACUAAAACCGGUUUCCGGGUUGGAGAAUGAAACGAAGAUGAAUAGAGUUUCACAGUGAAUGUAAACCAACGGUCUACUGUUAGGAACUCCAUACUUGUUGAUCGAACCAUAUAUCGGUUUAGGUUGUCGGUGAACCACGUACUCGAGUACCGAUGAUUUUUGGGCAAAAAUCAGCUGCUUUCUAGGCGGCAAUGAAACAAUAACGAUACGAUGUGGAUAGGAGUAGUUUUGUAGUAAUGUUUUUUCGUGUAAUAAAAUGAGAGAGUUAAAAAUGGAGUAAAGUAAAUUCAGUGUUAUACUUUUUAUCUGCAAUCAGUUAU